AUUGCGCUCAACGCUUCGACAUCCAACAAACAAUAGCACCUCGUAUUCACGCAUUGCACGCGCCACGAAAACAGCACAGCUCCUCCAACUGGCCCGGAUAGUCUCGCCUGUCCGGGAACGUUGUCCGUACCAGCAAGCUCUUUUGCCCAUCACACGAUAUAAGCCCACGUGUCGCCAUGCCAGCAUCUCAAAGUCCAACCAAUGCCGCUGACCGGCCGCGCCUGACAGAAGCCCAAAAGAAGGAGAACCACAUCCGUUCCGAGCAGAAGCGACGUGAGGCAAUCAGAGAAGGCUUCGACCGACUUGCCUCCAUCGUACCAGGCCUGGAGGGACAGGGACGAAGCGAGGCUGUUGUACUGGGCGGCGCAAUCAAGCUCAUGCGCGAGAAGAUUAUGGAGCGCCAGCAAAUCAUAAACGACGCAAAAGCAAAGGGAAUCGACACGACGGGUUGGGAGCUAGACAAGGACACCAUGGAAGCGUGUGCAAGACAAUUUGAGAGGACCAUGGCCGAGGAUCGCCAGGCAGGGAAUGGGGUCGAGAAUGGUGUAGACGUAAAAAAGGAGUAGGCCUUUACAAUUUUGCGCCAGGCCAAAACACAAGAGUGUUGAUUGCUGCAGCAAAGUGGUGGGCAAAAAAAAAACCCCC